AGAAAACGUAAAAGAAAAUAAAAAAGCUAUGAGGACAAGCUGCAAUGGGUGUAGAGUUCUUCGCAAGGGAUGCAGCGACAACUGCACCAUCAAACCUUGUCUUCAGUGGAUCAAAUCCCCUGAUUCCCAAGCCCAUGCCACUCUCUUUCUCGCCAAAUUCUAUGGCCGCACUGGCCUUCUUAACCUCAUUGACGCCGGUCCUGAGUAUCUCCGUCCUGCUGUUUUUAAGAGCUUGCUGUACGAGGCAUGUGGGAGGAUUGUGAACCCUAUAUACGGGUCGGUGGGGCUUCUGUGGUCCGGCGAGUGGGAAAAGUGCCAAGUCGCCGUCGAGGCGGUGCUGGCGGGGAUGCCGAUAACAGGAGAUGGCGGCGGCGACGGCGGCGCGUUGAAUCCAAAACUUCCGCUAAAGUCCUGCGACAUACGCCACGUGGCGAAGGACUCCUCGGCUGAGUCCGCUGAUCAGAAGCUGAACCAAGUGGUUAAAACCCGGAACCGGUUCAAGAGAACCUCGGCCAAGCACAGGAAUUUGGUGGUCGGCUCGGAGUUCGGAGUCGGCGGCUCAAACGGCGUCGCGGAUUUCACUCGCUUUCUGAACGCGGGUCAUGAGUACUACUGGUGGACCUGCCCGGCGCAGGGAGUCAAUGGCACCAGCUGCGAGGAUCGCGAGAGCAUGUUUUCUGUUGAGACGGUUGAGGCUUCGUUGGCUCGGCGAGCCGAGCCUAGCCGAGCCGACGACAGAGAGGUUGGCUUGGAACUGACUCUUGGCUUGGCUUAA